UUUACGAAGUAUUGUUUAUUUACCAAUAAAUAUUAAUUAAAAAAAGUGUCAACUAUAAUACUUAGUAAAUAUAUCUAAUUAAUUCAAAAAUAAUAAUUUGACAUUAGUAUAUAAUUUUCAAUAGUUUAAUAAUAUUGAAUGAAAUAUCACGUGAUUUUGUUGGCGUAAAUGUUGCGUCUAUAGUAUAUUUAUUUCACUCUAUGGGGAUAUAUGUCAUUUGCAAUAAAUUUUAUCUUAAACGUGAACAAAUUUAAUUUUAUACCCCUAUUAUUUCGACAAAAAUUAAAUUACUAUAUUUUGUAAUGGAUAAAUGGCAAUCAGAGGAUAAAAUUGUAACGAAAGAAAUUUUAAAGAAAAAUAAUUUCACUGAUAAACCAACAGAACGAGCAGUAUGUCAAUUAAAAAUUGGCAAAAUUGACGAAAUUCAAUUUACAAUUGAUAAAUUAAUGAGUAAAUUUCCCAGUGAUAUUAUUUAUGAAUCGAAUGAAAAAACAUGGAUUCUCGGCGAUGGUUGUACGGAACUUGAUCGACAAAUUGAACGAGCAAUUCCAACAAUGUUCAUUGAUGAGACAAGUCUAAUUACAGUGAAAAUUGUCUCAAAUAAUAAAAAUGAUAAGACUGAAAAUGAAAAUAUCGUUAAAUUUGAAUUGACACUCGUCAAUUUUCAAUCAUUUAAACCAAUUUGGCAAUGGACACCUGAGGAAAAAUAUGAAAUUGCCCUAAAUUAUAAAGAAUCGGGUGUAAAACUUUUUAAAUUAACACGUUAUAUUGAUGCAUUUUAUAAAUUUAGUAAAGCUUGUAAAAUUCUAAUAACACUCGAACCAAUAAAUGAUUUAAAUAUAGUUGAUGAUAAUAAGAAUUUAUUAAAAAAUAUUCAUAAUUUACGAAUACAUCUUUAUAAUAAUAUUGCUGAAUGUCAUAUGCAUCGUGAAAAUUAUGAUUAUGUUAUUAUACUUUGUAAUAAAGUUCUCAAUUGUGAUGUGAAUAAUGUAAAAGCACUUUAUCGUCGUGGCGUUGCUUAUGGUAAUCUUCAAAAUUUUGACAAUGCUGUUGAGGACUUAAAAAAAGUCUUACAACUUGAACCAAAUAAUUUUCUUGUUAAGGCGAAAUUUCAUUUUUAUAAACAACAAUCACAAAUUGAAAAUAAAAAAUACGAAGAAAUGGUAAAACGAAUGUUUGUUUAUGAAAAAUAAGUGUUUAAAAAAAUUGACUUUUUAUAUUUUCUA